AUCGUAUUAGCUGCCCACGCCCAGCCCCUCCCCCGCCAUCGCAGCUGUAGCCGCCGCACACCAUCUGGCUCUUUGACUACGCCAUCGCAUUCCAGGAAUAGCUGCCCAGUGCCGUAUACUCCCUUCCACCAGCAAGAAGCGGCGCUAGACGACAUACAUCCUAUACAGUAUCGACUCUGCAUCGUCAUACAUGUCUCCUCACGCCCUCCACGGUCUUAACGUCGUACAGCCCGUUGCCUCCUCUUCGGAUUCGCUCUCGGGCGACCCGCUCGCAACACCCAACCUCCCAGACUUCUCCGCUCACCUCGACCUCUGGACAAAUCUUGCCUUCCAGUCCGCUGACGAGCCGAGUCGUUCCGCUCUUCCCCAUCAGCAUGAUAACUUUGCCCAGCACCAGCACCUUCACCAUCAGCAACAGCCUAUCCACCUCCCGUCCUCAGACGUCGAUCUCCACAGCAUCCUCUCCAGUUUUGGCAUAGACCCUUAUCUACUCCCUCCUUCGAUGACCAUGCCUUCGAACCAAAACCAAUCCACAUCGCAACCGCAACAACAGCAGCUUCAGCCGCCCCAGCAGCAAGCGCCCGUCUCUGCCCCCCAGACACCUUUGCCUAUGCCCUCGCUCGCUCAAUUGCUUGCACUCCAUGCCGCCCAGUCCCAGGUCCAGCCCCCGCAGGCCAUGAUGCCGCCCCAACAGCCUGCCCCCCUUACCACCCAUACCACUCAUUCAUCCCCUCCUACUUCUCAUCGCCUAUCACCUACUCCGUCUGCCCCCGCACCGGCGCCUAAGCGUCAACGUAAAAACACGAUCUCCAACGACCAAGCUGCCUCUCCCAUUGCUUCGUCGCCAGCAUCUCCAUCUGCGGCUGACAGCCCAGGUAGCAGCGAUGGCGUCGUCGGUACGGAGGACAAGCGCCGUCGUAACACCGCCGCAUCCGCCCGUUUCCGUCUCAAGAAAAAGGAACGUGAGGUCGCUCUCGAGCGACGUGCGAAGGAGCUUGAAGAGCGGGUCGCAGAACUCGAGCGCGAGUGCGAGGGUCUCCGCCGCGAGAAUGGCUGGCUCAAGGGUCUCGUCGUCGGCGUGACGGGCGCUGGUGCUGCCCACCAGGCUCAGGCCCAAGCUCAAGGUGUCACAGUAGCGAAAUAACGCCGACCAGUUGCCGAAUCUGAUUGAUGCAGAUCUGGGUUUCUGGGAGGUUGACCCCUCGGCGCGCCGCGGGAAGGACCACCGACUGUCGUCGAGGCUGGAGCAGGCGACGGACGGAAGGUAUCGCGGUUGCGAUGCGAGGGAUUUGGGGGGAAAAGCCGGCUUCGUGGCAGGCGCUGUAGGGUCCACACCAUACAACUCUCGGCGCGUGGCUCGCUGCGUGGGCAUAAUGGCCUUGUCGCACAUAUUUUAUCAUUGAUGGGCCACUCACUACUCACUAUACGCUUAUCUAUAAAGUUAUAACGCCAUGCACAUUUAUAUGACUAGUUUCUGUAUGCUUUUACUUACCUUCCUUUGUACUGUCUGGCUUAUCAACGCUCAUCCUUACGAGUCUGCUACCGCAUCAGUCAGCGCGUGUACCAUUGUACAUUAAUGUUACGGGGUCGUGGCGCGUCAAUCACAAGAGUCCCUCUUUCAUUUCAUCACCUGCAUGUAGAUAGACUUUCAGAGGAUCAUACCUUCUAUGUAUAAACAUUGCAAUGCAUCACGGCGAGACAACAC